ACCACUGAACCCAACCAGAUUGCAAUGCUCGCAAAAAUAUAUUUGAGAUCAGUAGCUUCAUAUUAUGGUGUUAUUAUUGCAAGCUUGGUGCAUGUACAUGCAGGGAAUAUCAAACUUGGACUACUGUUACCUAGAGAAGGUCUACAGAAUUACUUGGGAUACGAGACAAAUGCAGCUGCCUCCACGAUGGCCUUGGAGAAGUGCAGGAAGGAUGGAAUAAUACCUGGCCAUAACAUAAGUAUCGUGUAUCGAGACACAAAAUGCACAGAGAAAUUUGGUCUUGGAAUGGCUGUUAACCUCUACCUAGAUGAACACGUUGAUGCUUUCAUUGGACCAGCCUGUUCAGAAGCUGCUAUUCCAGUUGGAAACCUGGCAGCGUAUUGGAAUAUUCCUAUGUUUGCCCACGCAUCAAGUGACCCAAGUCUCUCUGAUAAAGGUCGAUUUCCUACAGUGGCCCGAGUCCUCCCGCCAUAUAACAAGAUGGGAUCUGCCUUAGUCGAACUAUUCAACCAUUAUGGAUGGCGCAGGGUUGUCAUGUUGUCCACCAGGAAAUAUAAUAUGAUAAGCUUCGCAGCAAGGGCUAUAAAACAGCAGUUCCGAAAUAACAACAUAACAUUAGCAGAUAGUAUGGACGCUUACACGUUGACAGAUAAUGAAAUAGAAGAAGCUCUUGAAAGAUUCGAACAUCGAGGAAGGAUCAUCAUAGUUCUUUUGGAGAUUGCAGAUGUCCGUCGUGUGAUGAUCCAUGCAAACAAAUUAGGAAUGACAAGUGGACAAUAUGUAUUCAUAAGUUCGUUUAAUAUUGUACCUGUGGAUGACAUCUCUCGACCAUGGUCGCUAAACAACACGUAUGAUUCCAGUGCUAAGGAUGCGUUCCAGUCUCUCAUACACGUUACCGUUGCCUUCGAGAAAAACGAAGAAAAGAAUACAUUCCUUGCUGAAAUUCCAUCCAAAAUGAAGCAGCCUCCUUGGAAUUUUAACAGCGUUGGAUCUUCAAUGACAAAACCUUUAAAGGGAUCGUUGUACUCGUUAUUUCUACACGACACUGUGUAUCUCUACUGCUUGGCGCUGAACCGGACAUCACAGAUGGGUUCUGAUAUGGUGUCAGGAAUUGAUAUGAUUGAAACCGUCAAAUUUGAUGGUAUGAGUGGUCUAGUCGAGCUGGAUGAUAAAGCAGAACGGGAAUCUGAUUAUUGGAUUUGGCAUCUCCCACCUCACAAAGAUAAAUAUGAACACUUUUUGGAAAUAAAAGGCUACGACCGUCAGGGAAAGAGGGUGCGUGUUAUCAACACAGAAUAUUGGCGGACGCCAGAUGGCAAAGCUCCAAAAGAUACACCAGAAUGUGGCUUCUUCACAGAGGCAUGUCUACAGAGUGGAUUAACAGAACAAGAAGUCGGUAUAAUCGUUGGCAUAACAUGUUUAUUUGUUGUACUUGGGAUAUUGUCAUUUGCGAUAUACUUUUACAGACGACAUCGUCUAGAAGCAAAAAUUGAUGGACUGUUAUGGCGGGUGGACUAUGGUGAAAUAGUAUUCUCCAAGGUCCCAAACAAGACAAAAACUAUUCUAGGUGCAAGUAAAAGCGUGCAGAGUAGUACGAAAUCGUGCACGACGAGUACAACCCUAUCUAGUAAGGAUGAUGAUGGUGUGAGACAGACUGAUAAGAUUGAGAAAAGGGUAGGAAUGGUCAGGGGCAACCUAGCGUACGUUAAAAAUGUUGGAUACAUCGGGAAUUUAAACAACAAAGAUCACAAGGAACUUAAAUACAUGAAACUAAUGAACCACCACAACGUCAACGCGUUUAUUGGGAUUUGUCUUUCACCUGGAAGCAUAUGCGUUCUGACUGCAUUCUGUGCAAAACGGAGUUUGCAGGAUGUUUUAGCAAACGAUGACAUAAAGUUGGACUGGCUUUUCAAAAGCUCCCUCAUAUCUGAUGUAGUCAGCGGUAUGGAAUAUAUUCACUCAUCCCCACUUUUGUCCCAUGGCAACCUCAAAAGCAGCAACUGUGUAAUUGACGGGAGAUGGGUCUUGAAGAUCACCGACUAUGGUCUUCAUCGUUUCAAACUGAACCAAGAAUAUUACGACCCUGAUAAUGAUGGUGAUGGGGAAUACGCUGUUUAUUAUGCAAAACUUUGGACCUCCCCCGAGAUAAUGAGAAUGGCCUUACCACCUGCCCAUGGAACAAAGAAAGGAGAUGUGUACAGUUUUGCCAUUAUAGUGCAAGAAAUCAUAUACAGAAGCGGACCAUAUCAUAGCAUAGAAAUAUCGCCUAAAGAUAUUGUUGAAAGGGUCACCAUGGGGGAAAACCCUCCAUUUAGACCUGAAGUGAGAGAGGAUAGUGAUGCUAAACCCGAUAUCAUUGAUUUAAUGAGAGACUGUUGGCAUGAAAACCAAAUCUACAGACCAACCUUUAAAGAAGUAAAAAAGAGGCUUAACAUACAAAACAGCGGAAGGAGGUUUAACCUUAUGGAUAAGAUGAUGGCCAAAUUGGAGACGUAUACCAACAAUCUAGAAGAUCUUAUUGAGGCCAGAACAGAUGCUUUGAUUGAAGAGAAGAGGAAGACAGACAUUUUAUUGUAUCGAAUGCUACCUGGACCAAUUGCAGAAAGUUUAAAGAUGGGCAAAGUUAUUGAACCGGAGGUAUACAGCUUAGUAACAGCAUUCUUUUCCGACAUUGUAUCCUUUACCAAACUGACCAAGGCUAGUUCUCCGAUGGAAAUUGUGACCAUUCUAAACGACUUGUACAUUCUGCUUGAUAGCAUUAUUGCAAAAUAUGAUGUCUACAAGGUUGAGACAAUUGGUGACUCUUAUAUGGUAGUGAGUGGACUGCCUGUGAGAAACGGUAUAAAGCAUGUUGCCAACAUUGCAGACAUGUCCCUGGACAUGCUGAACAGUAUCAGGGACUUCAGGAUCAGACAUUUACCGAGGAGAAAGCUUCAGAUGCGGAUUGGGAUACACAGUGGGUCUUGCGCAGCAGGUGUGGUGGGCACUGCUAUGCCGAGGUACUGUCUGUUCGGGGACACAAUCAACUUGGCAUCCAGAAUGGAGUCUACUGCCGAACCAAUGCGGAUACAGAUGAGCGAAGAGGCCAACAACAUGUUAUCAAAAUUCGAUGGUUAUCUUGUCAGAAAACGGGGAGAAGUAGAAAUAAAGGGGCGUGGCAUGUUAACAACAUUUUGGUUGGAAGGAAAGUCUGGACACGUAUUUGUCAGCCCAGUCAAAGAACAUGACAUAAACUGAUAAAACGUUCUACUCAAUAAUUUAACUGAAUAAGCAUUUCAUCAUUUUGGCGGACAUAAAUGUAUCAUUUACGUAUUCUCAUAUAACGUAUUGAUUUAGCUGGGACUGAGGUUAAAUUAUCAAAAAAAACAUGGAGAUGACUGACAAAUAGCAACAAACAUGUAUAAUUUAUCAGUGUCUCUGAGUUGACUUCAAUUAAUCAAUUAAUGUGAGCUCAAUAAAACACAUAAAUAUAGUAUUGAUUAGUUUCUAAUUAUCUAUCAUUUAUGUUUCUUGCACAU